AUGACAUCACUACAAAUUCCCGGCUUCGAUUAUAAUAAGCAGUCCGUUACCAUUCCUGGUUCAAAGAAACCCGGGCAGACAGCUGUCUACAGAAACGCAUUUAUGCCAAAUGCUUUGGCUGAAAGACCAUGUCCCGAGGUAAAUACAGCAUUUGAAAAUUUUCAAUAUGCUGUUUGUAAAUUUGCAAAGAGACCUUGUCUUGGGUAUCGUCCUUUUGAUAAGAGCACGGGGAAUUUUGGUGAAUAUGUUUGGGAAACAUAUGAACAAACUCUUGUUAGAGUCAAUAAUGUUGGUAGCGGAUUAGUUUAUAUCAAUGAUACCGUUGUAAGGAACGGAAGAAAAGAUAGAUACACCGUCGGAGUGUGGUCGUUUAACAAGCCAGGAUUUCAAUUGGCUAUCCAGGCAAAUGCGGCUCAUAAUUUAAUCACGGUUCCACUUUACGAGACGCUUGGACUUGACACGGUAGAAUAUUGCAUGAAUCACGCUGAAAUUCAAAUGGUUUUAGUGUCAGCAGACCGUGUCGCACCAAUGUUAAGGUUGGCUGCUAAAAUCCCUCAACUUAAAAUUAUCAUUUCAUUUGACCCAUUAGAAGAAUCAUUAGAUCACCUAAGAGGAUGGGCGUCAGAAUAUAAUAUUAAAGUUUAUGAAUUUUCGGAAAUUGAAAAGUUGGGAAGAGAAAAUCCUAGAAAGUAUAAUCCUCCAACACCGAAUGAUUUAUUUUCGAUUUCUUAUACAUCAGGAACUACGGGAGUUCCGAAAGGUGCAAUGAUAACUCAUAAGAAUAUUGCAUCGAUGAUCGCUUCGAUCUCAACAAAUACGCCAAUCAAAACCGGUGAUGUGAUGCUCUCGUAUUUACCUUUAGCUCACAUUUUCGGCAUUGAUGUUGAACUUGGUGCUCUCUUUCUUGGGGUAUCAAUUGGUUAUUAUAGGGGGGACAUUUUCGGGAUAUUUGACGAUAUUAAAGUAUUAAAGCCAACUUACUUUCAAAGUGUUCCUAGAGUUUUUAAUAAAAUCGCCGCCAUGUUAAUGAGCUAUUCCGUUGAUUCUCCUGGCAUUGUUGGUACGGUGGCAAGAAAGGCUAUCAAGACAAAACUAGAAAAUUUCGAAAGAACCGGAUCUGUAACUCAUCCAAUUUGGGACAGACUUCUUUUAAAUAAAUUUAAAGCUUUUUUCGGCGGAAGGGUGAAAUCUUUUAGUACCGGGGGUGCUCCUCUCGCUAAGGAUGUUAUGGGUUUUCUUCGAGUGGCAUUCUCCGUUUCUUUUCAAGAAGGUUAUGGUCAAACCGAGACUACGGGAUUAGGUUGCGCGACCAUGUAUGGUGAUAUUCAAUCAUCUCAUGUCGGUCCUCCCGUUGUUUCAUCCGAAUUGAAGCUUGUUGACGUUCCAGAAUUGGGGUAUACAAGUGAAGAUAGACCUUUUCCACGUGGUGAAAUUUGUGUUAGGGGUUCCGGUGUUAUGCCAGGGUAUUUCAAAGAUGAAGAGAAAACUAAAGAAACUAUUGAUGAAGAGGGAUGGUUGCAUACCGGUGAUAUUGGACUAAUUGAUGCCAGAGGUUGUGUAGUUAUUAUCGAUCGUAAAAAAAAUAUUUUCAAAUUAGCUCAAGGGGAAUACAUCGCUCCUGAAAGGAUUGAACAAGUAUACUUGAGAAAUUUAUUAUUGUCCCAAUUAUAUGUUCAUGGGGAACCUAUAAAAUCCUAUCUUGUUGGUAUAGCCGUUCCAAAUCCUGAAACAUUCGUUCCAUGGGCGUGUGAGCUUUUAGGAGGAAAAUAUGAAUUUGAAGAACUUGUAAAAAAUAAAAAAGUUUGUGAUGCUCUCUUGGAAAGUAUUAAUCAAGUUGGUAUAAAAUACGGGUUAAAUGGAUUUGAACGCAUAAAGGCAAUUCAUCUUGAACCAAAACCGUUUUCGCUUGAAGAUGGAAUUGUGACUGCAACAUUAAAAACGAAGCGUUCAUCUAUGGCCAAGUUUUACCAAAAAAUAAUUGAUCAGCUCUAUGAAAAUUCACAAAAUGUUGCUGCCAAAUUAUAA